CCCUCCGGUACCCGGAACCCGCCUGCAUCCCCCGGGCCCGAACCGCCGCCGCCGCCUCUUCCUCUUCUGCCUCUCGUCCCGCCGCCGGUCCCGCCGCAGGUCAUGGAAGAGGAGUUCCAGUUCCUGAGGUGCAGCAACUGCCAGACCGAAGGCGCCUGCCCCAAGCUGCUUUCCUGCAUGCACACCUUAUGCUCCAGUUGCCUGGAGGCAAAUGGCCCCAAAAGCUGUUGCCCCGUCUGCUCCGCCACCCUCCCGCUCGGGACCAACAACCUCUUGUUUGAGAGCCUGCAGCGCCGGAUCGAUGUCUACCGCAAGAUCAUUGGCACCCAGGAGGCGGUGUGUGACUGCUGCAAGCAGUCGGCUGACUUCUGGUGUUUCGAGUGCGAGCAGCUCAUCUGCAGCAAGUGCUUCGAGGCCCACAAGUGGUUCCUGAAGCAUGAGGCCCGGAAGAUGGAGGAUCUGAGGAGGGAGUCAGCCAAGGACUUCCUGGAGGCUACCCGGAAGACCAACAACCUGUUCUGUCCCAACCCCCACCCGGUGCCCAUCCUGACCAGCAUUUAUUGCCGAGGAUGCUCGAAGCCCAUCUGCUGCUCUUGCGCUCUCCUGGACAGCACCCACAAGGACCAGUACUGUGCCAUCAGCGUGGAGAUCCAGCUGAAGCAGGAGGAGCUGGUGAAGAUGACCCAGACCCUGAGGAACCAGAGGGAUCUCUUCGACGUGGCCCACAGGGAGCUCCAGUCUGCAGCUGCCAGCCUGAGUCAGGUGCAGCUGGAGACCCAGGAGCUGAUCCGCUCCAAAGUCCGUCUGAUGAUAGAACAGAUCCAGGACAAAGAGAGAGAGCUGCUGGAGAUGGUGGAUCAACAGUAUCGCCUUGGCUAUGAGGAGAUGGCGAGGAAGCUGGCACACACAGAUGCUGUGUUGAAGAGGAUCCGGGCCGGUGAGCUGAUAGUGGAGAAAAUGCAGCUCUAUGCCUCGGAUCAGGAGGUCCUGGAGAUGUACCCUUUCAUCCAAAAGGCCCUAGAGGGGCUCCAGAGAGAGAUACCCAUGGAUAUGAGACCAGCGGUCCAGGUGGAGUUUGAAGAGUGUAAAGCUGAACUGCAGGCCCUCUUUGCCCGCGUCACUGAGGACAGAGAUGCUGCUGACCCAGAUAGCACUCAUCAUGCUGCCUCUGGGGGACUUACUGUCAUCACCACGGACAGCAACUUGCAUGAGGAGUCCAGGAAGCCAAAGAUUCAAGGCCAUUCCACACCUUUGUUCACCUUCAGCUUGGAUGACAGACUGGCCCCAUCUAGCUCAUCCACUCUAAAGAGAAAAGCAGUGCAGACCAGCAUCUCCUUCCAUGGCCCCAGGAAAGCCAUCAAGGAGGAGUCUGGGGACAGACAUUGGAAAACGACUAAUGACGAUCUGGAGGAAGACUCCCUGGAGCAGCCUGGCCCCAGCAGCUCACAGCCAAUACCCCGGCAGAGCCAGAACAGCCCGCUCAGCCCAGGCCAGGGCUCCCUUGUGCAGUCUCCAGAUCCUAUUGUGGUGAUCAGCAGUUCCGAGGACACCGAUGAUGACACGGUGUAAUCCUCUGUUUUAAGGGAGAGAUCAUACUACACAUGCCUGGACUGGACCAAUCCUGAAGCCCCAGGUGGAGCAGCCUGUUCCCUCAGCGGAGGGGCGGGCACCACCUUCUCUCUAUUGACCUUCAUAGCAGUUGCAAAGGACCAAUCAGACUUUUACCAGGCCUAAUUAAUACUUGGAAUAAAUGCCUCGAGGUUCAAGGCUGAACCCCUUAGAAAAAGAUUUUGAGCAUUUGUCUUUCCAUGACACCAAGAGAGCAGAGCUGGUUGUCAAGUGUAGAUCCGUGCCAGGCAGCCAAGAGUCCUCUGCAGCCAGCAGGAUAGGACUCCCUGAGAGAAGGGCAGCCUUGCUGGUUGUAACUGCUCUGACCUAUAACCUCAAGGGUACCAAUAAGGCCUUCGGUUUCAUUUAGGCUUCUCUCCCUAAUCUCUCUCCCCUCACACUCUGUUCACUGUCUUACCCCUUCCCCUGCCCUUCUAGUCCUGUGUCCCUUGGACCCUGCGAUUCAUUCCUAACUUGGAAUGGUUGAAUGAACCUCAGGUCCAGAUUCAGGAGCUGGAACAGGUGUUCUCAGGUCCACAGAAAAGAAUAUAGGGACCCGUACACCUUCCCUUGGACUGAAAAUGGUCAGCAUCCCCUCAAAAAGAAAGAGUGGAGCCAGCAUUUGUCUCAAAUCUUCUUCAACCUCCAAAGCAUUCCAGAGGUUAUCCUGGAUUCCAGAAGCUCCAAUCCUCACUCGGGUGGCUCCAGGCCCCUGACGCAGCUUCAGACAGAUCUCAGAGCACCUAUCCACCAGCCUGGGCCUUUCUGCUGGGCAACCCAAGGCCCCACAGCCUUGGCGAAGAGAAAUGGACUUUUCCAGGUGGACUCCUGCUUGUGACAAUCAGGAAACCAAGAUGCCUCGAUCCCACUUGGUCUUGCUAACUCGAGGAGGAAGACACUAAAGAUCAUUCCCAGAGGAAAGGUUUGUUUGUUGUGCCAUUGCUGCUGCUUGGAUGUGCCUCGGGUCCAGCCCCUAUGUCUGGGACCCACUCCUCACAACCAGCUUUCUAGUUCAGAGGGUCCAUUUGGAGUGGAGGGAGAGCAGUCAUCCUGGCCACCGCAGUAUUGCUGAAAGUUUCCUGCGUAUGGGGCACUGGACUUGGGAGAGCGGGGGACACACACGAAAGAAACAGGCCCCUCCCUCUGCAAACAAAAUGAGGAUUUGGAAGAUCUUGCCUGUAAGGUGCUUGGAAAUCUUCGGGAGUCAGUCGGUUGUAUUUAUUGAGCACUUACUGUGUGCAGAGCACUUACUGUGUUGACGUGACCUGGGGCACUGAGAGGCUCUGUGCUCUGCUAGAGCAUAUUUCAGAGAGACUCAGUGAGCUCCCUAUGCCUGGGACAUGGUGAUCCCAGUGGGAAUGUUCAUCACUCUCUCUUCUCAGGCUGACCCUGCUGGCUUCCCCUGGGUCUUCUCCCCCUUUCCCCAGAGCUCCAUUCCACUCCUGAUUCGGUCUCUGUCUAGCUGCACAUACAGCCCAGAAGAUUGGUCAGCGGACAGCCCCGAGUGGAGAGAAUGGCUUCCUAGGGACUAACCAGCCACUGGAGUUCAUGCUCUUCGCAGGCGUCACCCUAGAGACAGAUCUGCAGCAAUCCCUCUGCUGCCUCCAUUCUGGCCCCAGGCCUUUCCUGUCCAAGUUCCAGCUCCAGUCAGGCAAAUGCCCCAUCUCCCUUGAGGAUCCAGAGGGCCCUGGCAGUCUGGGACAGUUCCAUAUGCCCAUCGCUGGGUUCUUGGGCACCCAGCCCUUAUUCUGCAAAGAGGUACCCGUAGCGAGGAACUGCAAACCAGAGGUGUUCGUCAGGACCUACCUGGGGAGACGUGCAUCGGGGCAGCUCCAGGUUCUCUGUCCAGGCCCUGUGGGGGCUCAGCAGGAAUCUGGAAAUCCACUCAGGACCUUCUCCUUUUGCAGCCUGGUGGGCUGUGCCUCUCCAACCCUUGCUGAGUCAGGAGCAGUUCUCAGCUCCAGGCCCAGGUGCUCUUCCUACAGGCCAAGUCCCAGACCCACAUAAUCUCCCUUCAGAUACAGACCAAGGCCCAGAACCUCUUCCUCCAGGCCCAGUCCAAUGCUCAGAUCCUCUCCCUCCAGAUCCAGACCCAGCCCAGAUCCCAGCACUUUGCUAAAGCUUGGGGUCAAUACAAGAGAAGCCAUCUGGCCUAGUGGAUAAAGCACAGGCCUGGGAGAAGGACCUAGGUUCUA